UCCUGCUCUGCUCAGCUCAAACUUGAUAGAGAAAGAAAGAAAGAAAGAAAGACUCGCUAAGUGGCGUGACUAAGUGAAGUGAGAGAUAUUUAUAUAUAUAUAAAAAUUAUAUAUAUAUAUAUAAAAAGAGUGUGUGAAAAAAUGCAGCAGCACCUGAUGCAGAUGCAGCCUAUGAUGGCAGCUUACUACCCAAACAACGUCACCACUGAUCACAUUCAACAGUUCCUGGAUGAGAACAAGUCCUUAAUUCUGAAGAUUGUGGAAAGCCAGAAUGCUGGCAAGAUGAACGAGUGUGCCGAGAACCAAGCAAGGCUUCAGAGAAAUCUCAUGUACCUAGCUGCAAUAGCUGAUUCUCAACCCCAACCACCCACCAUGCCUGGUCAGUACCCUCCUGGUGGAAUGAUGCAGCAGGGAGCACACUACUUGCAGGGUCAGCAGGCGCAACAGUUGACACAACAGCAACUAAUGGCUGCAAGGUCCUCCCUUCUGUAUACUCAACAGCCUUACUCAGCACUUCAACAGCAGCAAGCCUUGCACAGCCAACUUGGUAUGAAUUCAGGUGGUGGAAGUCAAGGACUUCACAUGUUGCAUGGUGAUGGCAACAAUGUCAAUGUGGGAGGCAGUGCAACAAUGAGUUCUGGAGGGUUUCCUGAUUUUGCCCGAGGUUCCUCUGGGGAGGGUUUGCACAGUGCUGGUAGGGGUAUCAUUGGAAGUAGCAAGCAUGAUAUUGGGAGUUCAUCUGAAGGACGAAAUGCUGGUGAAGGUGGUGAAAACCUUUACCUGAAAUCUGCUGAUGAUGGGAACUAGCCAGUGAAAAAUUGCUUUGAUUACUGUCAAAGUUUAGCUUGUAUUAGUUAAAGUUUAGCUUGUAUUAGUUAGUUUACCAGAACUAGGCAAUGAAGAUUAAGUAGUAGCUAGGGUUAAAAACUUUGAUGCCUGCUUAGAUAAUGUUUGUUUUUGGUUUUGUGGUGCUUAAGGGAAACAAUCAAAAUCGUUGCCUUGACUUUUCUACAGUAGUAACAUAAAUU